AUGGCUGGGCGAUCGUCUCGGGCCGCUCCGGUCUCGCCACAAGCGCCGGCGCCAAAGCGACGCGCCUCAGCCCGACUGUCAGCCUCGCAGGCGGAGAUCAAGAGGGUCAAGUCUAACGCCUCUUUGCCCGCCAGUCGGGUAAAGUCCACCAGCCGGAAGAGCAAGUAUUUUGAACCUGAAAGCUCUGCCGAACCCGCACUCUCCACCGAGUCGGAGGGCGGAGAGUCAGAUUCCGCCUAUGAAGAGGAAGGCUCGGACGUUGCCUCUGCCCAUGACUCGGAGCCCGAGGACAAGAGCGAUAGCGAUGCAAGCGAUCGACUCAAGUCCCGCGGAAAGGGAAGGCAGUCUCAGACAGCGGCCAUAGACGCAGGUGCCCUCAAGGGUAAGGAGCUCUGGCGAGAGGGGGUGCGAACCGGCCUGGGCCCUGGAAAGGAAGUGUUUAUCCCCAAACCCAAGGCGCGAGAACCCGGAAACGUGGCCUACCAGGACGAAACUUUGCAUCCCAACAGCAAGCUAUUCCUGCAGGAUCUGGCGAAGAAUAACGAGCGUGAAUGGCUGAAAGCCCAUGAUGCAGAUUACCGCACAGCAAAGAAGGACUUUGAGACCUUCGUCGAGAGCCUUACCGCAAAGAUCGGUGAGGUUGACAGCACCAUCCCUGAACUGCCAGUAAAGGAUCUGGUCUUCCGUAUCCACCGGGAUAUUCGAUUUAGCAAGAAUCCCCUUCCAUACAAGAUUCAUUUCUCGGCUGCAUGGUCCCGCACCGGCAAGAAAGGGCCAUAUGCAGCAUAUUAUGUCCAUUUCCAGCCCGGUUCUUGUUUCGUGGGCUGUGGCCUAUGGCAUCCAGAGGCCGAUCCGCUUGCAGUCCUGCGAGAGGAUAUCGACGAGAACGCAGAUCGCUGGAAAGAAGUACUUCGGGCGCCGGACCUGCGACGCGAGUUUUUGAAUGAAGUGUCGGACGAUGACGACGCAGUUGUCAAAGCAUUUUCUUAUCAUAAUAGGGAAUCUGCCCUCAAGACGAAGCCUAAGGGCUACGAUGCAGACCACAAGGACAUCCAAUUGCUCCGGCUACGCAGUUUUACUCUCGGACGGCCCCUCUCGGAUGCUGAGAUGCUGGCCACGGAUGUGCAGGACCGGAUCGUCGCGCUGGUCGGGGUCAUGGAGCCCUUCGUGACGUAUCUCAACAGCGUGGUGAUGCCUGACCAGUAG